GGACCUGCGGAGAACGUUGAGGAAAAUGAAGAUGAUGAAGUGCAGGAUGAGGAGGAAAAGGAUGUCGAAGAAGAGGAAGGUGAUGAGGAGGAGGAAGAGGAGGAAGAGGACGAGGACGAAGACGAGGAGGAGGAUGAGGAAGAGGAGGAGGAAGAGGAGGAGGAGGAAGAGGAGGAAGAGGAGGAGGAGGAGGAGGAGGAGGAGGAGGAGGAGGAGGAGGAGGAGGAAGAAAAAGAUGAAGAGAUGGAGGCGGAGGAGGAAAACAAGAUGGAGAAAGAGGAGGAGGAGGGGCGAAAGGGAAGCACUGCAGUGAAGUUAGAGCCUGGGGCGAAGGGCCAAUUAAAUAGUGGGCGUGCAGUUGAUGAAGAGGCAGAGGCAGAGGCACGUGCAUUGCUGAAGGGGAAGAUCAAAUCUGUUGUUGAGUUGAAGGAGCCACCGAAGGCUGUAGUUGAACCUAAGAAAGGAUCAAAGACGAUUGGGGCAGGGAAGGACAAGGGCGUGGCGCAGGUCACUGGCAAGAAGCAGGCUGGAGGUAAUCCUGGCAGUGUUGCAUCCGGUUCCGACCCGAAGUCAAGGAAAGCCAUCAAGGAGGAAAAGGGCAAAGAUGGUGUUGUCUAA